UUAAAAGGUUUUUUGGCACCGGCUGGACGCUGUAGGGAGGAUGAGCGAGUGAGGAGGUUGACUAAUCUGGUUUGUUUGUUAUGUGUCUCUUUCAGAACGCUGCUGGGCGGGCCGAACUGAAGGAUGGCGUUUUGGUGGGAGGUGAAUCUGGUUCUUCUCAUAGUCCUGCUGCUCUGCUGUGGCGCUGCCGCUGCGCCCUCUGACAUCCUGUACCGGGUGCCGGAGGAGCAGCCCCCCAACACCCUGAUUGGCAGCCUGGCGGCAGACCAAGGCCUACCCGACACAGGUCACCUCUACAAGCUGGAGGUGGGCUCACCUUACCUGAGGGUGGAUGGCAAGACAGGAGACAUUUACACCACAGAGAUCCCCAUUGACCGCGAGACCCUGAGGGAUUGCCGCAACUUGUUCGAAGGCGACAAGUGCUUCCUGGAGUUUGAGGUCUCCAUCACUGACAUGAUCAAAGGCAUCGGGACGGGACCGCGGCUGAUUGAGGGACGGAUCGAGGUGCUGGACAUAAAUGACAACACGCCCCAGUUCGCCUCCCCCAUCCUCACCCUCUCUAUCCCGGAAAACACGCACAUCGGCGCCCUCUUCUCCAUCCCCAUGGCUAACGAUAAAGACUCCGGGAUCAACGGUGUGGCAGAGUACUCGCUCAGCGCUGGGCCUGACGCUGACCAGCUCUUUAGCCUGCAGGUCACCGUGGAUACGGACGAGAAGCUGCCACAGCUGGUUGUCAUGGGCAACCUUGACCGCGAGUUGAAGGACUCAUAUGAUCUGAACAUCCGUGUGGUGGACGGGGGGAAGCCACAGAGGGUGAGCAGCGCCCUGCUCCGGGUCACCGUCACCGACCAGAAUGACAACGCUCCAAAGUUUGAGAGGAACCACUAUGAGGCAGAGCUUCCAGAGAACAGCCCCAUGGGACACUCUGUGCUGCAGGUCAGAGCCAAUGAUGCUGACACAGGCACCAACGGUGAGAUCGACUACAGCCUUCAUCAGGCGUCUGAGACCGUGCAGAGGCUGCUUCGAAUUGACCGCUCAACGGGCAUCAUCUACGUCAAGGGCCUGGUGGACCGUGAGGAGGAGAACUUCCUCAAGUUCUUUGUUGUGGCCAAGGACCGUGGCCCCAACGCCAAGAGUUCCAAGGUCCUGGUGACCAUCAAUGUCAGGGACCAGAAUGACAAUGCCCCAGCCAUUGAAAUCCGUGGCAUUGGCCUGGUGACUCACCAGGACGGUGUGGCGAACAUCUCUGAAGACAUGCCCAUUGGCACACCCGUGGCGCUGGUCCAAGUAUCUGAUCGCGAUGAAGGUGAGAAUGCGGUGGUGACAUGUGUUGUGGCCGGCGAUGUCCCGUUUCAGCUGCGACCCGCAAGCGAAUCAGCCAAUGACCGUAAGAGAAAGUACUUCCUGCAGACCACCACCCUACUGGACUAUGAGCGCAUCAAGGAUUACAGGAUUGAGAUCGUUGCCGUGGAUUCUGGGAACCCAGCCCUGUCCAGCACCAACUCCCUCAAAGUCCAGGUCACGGACAUGAAUGACAACAUACCGAGCUUCUCGCCGUCCAUGCUGGAGGUGGAUUUUGCUGAGGGAAAUCAGCCAGGUGACAAGGUGCUAGAUGUGACGGCCACAGAUGCAGAUAGCGGCACCAAUGCAGAGCUCGUCUACAGCAUCGUUGAACUCUCAGCCACCAAACUCUUUGAGAUCAAUGCUAACACUGGUGAGGUGCGUGUAAAGAACUUGCUGGAUCGUGAAGAUACUGAGCGGUACCAGUUCCAUGUGGCUGCUGCCGACAAGGGUGUCCCCAGCAAGACUGGUACUGCCACUGUGGUGGUCAAUGUUCUCGACCGCAAUGACAACGAUCCCAAAUUUAUGCUGAGUGGCUACAGCUUCUCUGUUGUUGAGAACAUGCCCCCCCUCAACCCUGUAGGUGUGGUAACCGUCACUGAUGCUGACAAAGGUGAGAAUGCCAGGGUAACACUUUACGUGGAACCUGACAACGGCAAGUUUGUCAUCCAGAAUGGCACAGGCACCAUCCUGUCCAGCAUCUCCUUUGACCGGGAGAAGGAGAGCACCUAUACCUUCCGUCUCAAGGCCGUGGAUGCCGGGGACCCGCCUCGCUCGUCGUAUGUGGGCGUCACCAUCAAUGUCCUGGAUGAAAAUGACAAUGCCCCAUAUGUCACCAAACCAGCCAACUCCACCUACAAGUACCUGCCACCUGUCACCAGCCCAGACACACGCGUAGAGGUGGUCGAGGCAGAAGAUAUGGACUCUGGACCAAAUGCAGAGCUGAUCUACAGCAUCACCGGUGGAAACCCAUAUGGUCUGUUUCACAUCUCUCCCAGCAGCGGGGAGAUCACGCUGGCGCAGGAGUUCACCCGCAAGCAUAAUGGCCUUCACCGCCUUGUGGUGCGAGUCAGCGAUAAGGGCAAGCCCCCUCGGCACACCAUCGCCCUGGUCCACAUCUUCGUCAAUGACACCAUUGGAAACAUCACCCUCAUAGAGUCCCUGGUGGGACACAGCCUCUACACCCCCCUGGACAGGGACAUUGCUGGUGACCCCAACUAUGCCCUUGCCCAGCGCAGCAACAUCCUCUAUGGAAGCUUGGCAGGGAUCGCUGGGGUCAUCCUGGUCAUCGUGGCAGUGGUGGUCAUAAGACAUCGGCUGCAGAAAGACACUAAGAGCGGCUAUCAGGCUGGCAAAAAGGAGAGCAAGGACCUGUAUGCCCCAAAGCAGGGGCCCAAAAAUGGGAAGGGCAAAAAGAGCAAAAAGGGGAAGGCUCCUAAACCGGCCAAGCCCCUGGAGGAAGACGAGGAGGCCAGUCUGCAGAAGGGCCUCAAGUUCAACCUCAUUAACGACAAUGUCAGCGAAAGCCCCCGAAUCCACCUGCCCCUGAAUUACCCCCCGGGGAGCCCUGAUCUGGGCAGACACUACCGCUCCAACUCCCCCCUGCCCUCCAUCCAGCUCCAACCCCAGUCCCCCUCUGCCUCCAAGAAGCAUCAGGCCGUGCAGGACCUUCCUGCCACCAACACCUUUGUGGGCACAGGAGACAACAACUCCACUGGCUCCGACCAGUAUUCGGAUUACAGCUACAAGGCCAACCCCCCCAAAUACAGCAGCAAACAGGUAGGAGACUACUUUGUAAACACGGCAGGGUACAACAGGAACAUCAUGUGGACCAACAGGGUGUGGUAGUCACAUGGGACUGGUUUAACACAGCAGAUGUGAUCCUACCAAAGCUGCACUGAUUUCCCUAUCUGUCCUGUGGCACAGCACCGCAUCACAGCUAGCAGCACCCACCCCACCAGUCGCCUUUUUGAACUUUUAUUUCCGUUUCAUCAUUUGGUUUCUUUUAUUCAUUGUUUUGUUCUCACCUUGAAAUGGACUUAACGCCAAGGAAAGGUUUCUAUAUGUUUUCUUUGAUUUGAUUUCUGUUACUAUCCACUUUACCAUGGUGAUUUAAAUGAAGGAGGUUCAGAUGUUUCCCUUUUUUUUUAAUUUAAGGUUGGUUUUUGUUUUGAAUUUAAAGGUUUUGGUUGGUGUGGAAUUCCAUACUCAAUUUUCAUUAGUUAUGAAUGUGUUUUGGAUGGAGUUGACAGGGUUUGGAAGUAGCCCGCCACCACAUGCGUGUGCACGGACACACACACACACACACACACACACACACACACACACACACACACACACACACACACACACACACACACACUCCAGUGGUAGCUGAAGUGUUAAAAUUAGCAUCUGUGAAUUCCUGAGUGUUUUACUGCAUCUUGGCCCGGGAACAGACUGAACUUUGAAACGCAAUUGAAGGUAAUUUAAGCUUGGUCACUGAGCCACGCAGGAGAAGUGGAAGAGGUCGGGGUGGGGGAUGAACUAUGAAGGAAAGGUACACUAAACAUGACUGUUUCUUCACCUCCGCCUUCACACCUGCUGUCAGACCGGGUGAAACAUGACUUCAUCACGCUGUCGUUAUUUGCUUAACUCAUGUUUUUGCACAAAUUAAUGGCAGGCAAUUCCAGGCGUGUGGUUCGCCUUUACCCAGAGUGCCUUGCUGUAUUUAAUGAACAUAUUGCGGGGGGGGGGGGAUUCACUUCCCAUCAUGAUGAGCUUCCAUGUCAAGUCAUGUGUGAGGUAUGUUAUUGUGACUGGGAAGCUGUGCGACUGCCGCCCUGUGAAAUAGGAGCGGGCGGGUGGGACGCGUGGUGUCGAGCGACGCUAACCUGUUUCUGGUAUUCAGGAGACAAUCAUCUGGGUAUGGAUUGAUAGUGUAAUUUGUACAUUUGUGAAAACUAGCAUUUUGUUUUUGUUUUUUUUUUUGUUACUGUUGUUGUGUUCCUUUUUUUUUUUUUUUUCUGUGUGCAACCAGGAAAGGUUUGUUGUUUUUCAGAGCUGAUUCACACAGUUGUCCUGCCUCGAAAGCAUGUGUGCACUAUCAGAAUAUGUCAUCUUGUACCAAAGAUCUCUCUCUCUCUCUCACACACACACACACACACACAAGCACACACAUGCACAUGCAGAAUUGCAGACGCAAUCACAUGCACAUAAAAUACAUUCACGCACACGCUGUCAUGUAUUUACCAUAUGUUAUUCUGUAUAAAGUUGCAUAUUAGACAUUAUUUCCAUCAGUCUGAUGGUUCCUGAUGUGUCCAGCUAGCUUGACCUCAGCGUUAUUGUGCUGGGUUGAUGUUUAGCCUGUUGAAGCUAGCAGUGGUUUUUGGACAAGGGUCAUUUAGCGUGCCCUGGGCGCAUUGUGGUUCACUGCUGUGAAUGUGACUGAUGCUUGAUUCAAAGCCAAUAUUCUCUCCAUCUUUUCUUAUCUGACAAAAAAAAACAACAUUUUAAUGGCUUCUGUCUUCAUUUGUUUUCCAUCCAUACUGGCAAAAUGAUGUAUUCUGGGGAAAAUGUUAAGUAUGUGUUUUUUCUACAGCUAAAUUCAACCUGAUUUCAAUAAACAUGUUGUUUGGAUGUUAAAA